GCAUGCAAUAUAGUAUAAUAUAUUGCCAUGUGGUAAGUGCUCUAUAUAGAGCCUUUGUUUGGUUGAAACACACCAGUACAGCUAAAUUCUCUUUGAUGUCCUCAGUGACAUGCUUCGUAGCUCUGUUUUGGCCCCCCCACGGAUGGUGUUUCGGAAUUUUGGGGCUCAAGCCCAAAGACGCUACCUGCUGGGCCUGCUGAGAUGGACCUCAAGGACAUCCCUGAUCGAUGGAAGAAACUGAAUGCGGAGACACCUCCGUACAGAUAUUUCCCGAACCGUAACCGCAAACAGACCACGGUCUACUCGUGGCUGGGGCUAGCGGCCUUCACUGCCUUCGGAUGGUUCCUGUUCCAGGCGAUCGAGCGUUACACAGAGAGUAAGGAGGGGAUGUGGAGGGACUAUGCGAGGACCCAUAUGACCUUCCAGCAAGCGAGCAUGAAUAAGAACACGCAAGAAGCUUUCAAUGAAAUCAAGAUGCAAGCGCGUCGGAAGCGCUUGGGCUUGCCCCCAGAGGCGCCAGGGAGUGUGGAGAUUGUGGACCCCAACGGGGAGUGAUCCAAAUGAAGCCUACACGUCCUGCGGUGGGCGUGUGUCUUCCACAUGAGACUCACAGCUUCUUCGGACUGGCCGUGGGGGAAUAGCUCGGGAGGCUUCAGUGCCCGACUGUGACAUAGACAGGAUUUGUGACCGCGAACCGCGUGGUACAAAUUGGUACAACAUAGACUUAAAUAGACUUAGCCACUACAUGUAU